UGUAAUAAUAAAAUCAACCGAAAAUAAAAAGUCAAAGAGCUCCAUGUGAAAACCAAAAAGCAACACUUUUUCUUCCCAUCUAUAAAUACACUCACCAAGUUGCAUCCGUCUUUCAAAACCCAAACCUCAUUUGAUUCACAUCCAGAAACAGUUCAUUCACAGACUUUUGAUACCAAUCUCAGAACUCAUCACCAUCUUUGUCUUCUUCAAAUCGCAGUUCUCAAGCUUCUCCGCCAUCUUUUCUCAUCUCAUUUUCUUACUCUCCAAGAAAACCGGACUGAAUCUAAGUGCCCUGUUCCUCACGGAGCAUCCUCGUACCAGUCCUUUCUUCUUCGUUUUUGGUUGCUCAUAUCAGAACUCAGAAAAUGGGAGAGAAGACCGAUGUUGUUCAGGUCGAUUUCUACCCAAAGAUUGCGGAUAUCAGAUCUUCUCUGUCUCAGAUCAUACUAACAGGAGGAGCCAACACCCUCGACUCCAUCUUCUCCCAUUGCACCUCCACCUCCACCACCGCAUCCGCCGGAGAAUCCUCCCCAACCACCGCCCCUCCGCCUCCGCUCGGUUCCUCCGUCUAUCUCCGGCAACGCGACCUCCUCCACAAGUUCUACCAAGAAAACAACCGGGUACCGUACCACACGACAACGACGCCGUUUUACCCGUCAGACCGCCACGACCUCCUCUUCCACCACAUGGGUUCCACCGUUACCGCCGCGGCGUUCGCCACCGCCGCCGCCGUGGCCGCCGGAGAGAAGAAGAAGAAGAAGCUGUACAGAGGAGUGAGGCAGAGACAUUGGGGGAAAUGGGUGGCGGAGAUAAGGCUGCCGCAGAACAGGAUGAGGGUUUGGUUGGGGACUUCCGACACGGCGGAGGCAGCCGCCUACGCCUACGACCGCGCCGCCAACAAGCUUCGCGGCGAAUACGCGCGCCUCAACUUCCCCAAUCUCAAGGACCCGAGCGAGCUGCUUGGACUCGCAGAUUCCAACAAAUUGGUCGCUCUGAAAUCUGCCGUCGACGCCAAAAUCCAGGCGAUUUGCCAGAGGGUGAGGAGGGAGAGGGCCAAAAAGAGCGCGAAAACGACAGCGGUGAAGAAGGCGGAGGAGGAAUCGCCGGGGCAAUUGUCGUCUCCGGCGGUUACAAUAGCGGGGGAAACUUACUGGGUUUCGCCGGAAAUGUCGGAUGAUGGGCUGUUGUGGAACAGCGAGAGCUGUUCGCCGGCGGUAUCUGACGACGGUGCGACGGCGUCAACGGCGGCGGCGGAGGCGGCUGAGGCUGAUGGGUACUUGCUCACGAGAAUGCCCUCGUUCGAUCCCGAGCUAAUCUGGGAAGUUCUCGCGAAUUAGAGAGUGGGAAACCAGGAAAUUAUGAAUUUUGACCGACGAGUAAUAACCGAAGGGGAAUCCAGAGACGCGAUGACGAAAUUAGGGUUCAAAGGGAUGAAGUUGGGGUUUUUUUUGGCUCUUAAAGUGGGUUUUGAAGUGUAAUUGGUCAUCGAGUUAAGAUUUUGUAUUAUUAUUAUUAAUCGUCGUAUUGUAAUUGUCAUUAUGAGGGUUCGAUAGGGUUUUAACCGUUUAAGAAGCCUUGGCAAUUUGUUAAAGAGGAGGCUUUUGGAGAAGUUCCCUUUUGAAUUUGUAUCGUUUUUUGAGGGGGACUCUGGUUGUACUUUUUCCUCCUUCCUAUU